AUGGCUGCAACAACAACAAGAGCUGCAACGACAACUACAGCUGAGCCAACAACUACAUCUGCAACAACUACAGCUGCAACUACAACUACAGCUGCAACAACAACUACAUCUGAGCCCACAACUACGGCUGCAACAACAACUACAGCUGAGCCAACAACUACAACUGAGCCAACAACUAUGGCUGCAACGACAACUACAGCUGCAACUACAACUACAGCUGCAACAACAACUACAUCUGAGCCCACAACUACGGCUGCAACAACAACUACAGCUGCAACUACAACUACAGCUGCAACAACAACUACAACUACGGCUGCAACAACAACUACAGCUGCAACAACUACAGCUGAGCUAACAACUACAGCUGCAACUACAACUACAGCUGCAACAACAACUACAGCUGGAACAACAACUACAGCUGAGCCAACAACUACAGCUAAGCCAACAACUACGGCUGAGCCAACAACUAAAGCUGUAACAACUACAGCUGCAACAACUACAGCUGCAACAACUAUUACUGAGACAACAACUACAGCUGCGACAACUACAGCUGCGACAACAACUACAUCUGAGACAACUACAACUGAGCAAACAACUACAACUGAGCCAACAACGACAGCUGCAACAACAACUACGGCUGAGACAACAACUACAGCUGAGCCAAUUACUACAGCUGAGCCAACAACUACAGCUGAAACAACAACUACAGCUGCAACCACAACUACAGCUGCGACAACAACUACAGCUGCGACAACAACUACAGCUGAGACAACAACUACAUCUGUGCCCACAACUACGGCUGCAACAACAACUACAGCUGGAACAACAACUACAGUUGAGCCAACAACUACGCCAACAACUACAACUGAGCCAACAACUACAGCUGCAUCUACAACUACAACUGAGCCAACAACUACAGCUGCAACAACUACAGCUGAGCCAACAACUACAGCUGCAACAACAACUACGGCUGCAACAACAACUACAGCUGAGCCAACAACUACAGCUGAGCCAACAACUACAGCUGAGCCAACAACUACAGCUGACCCAACAACUACAGCUGAGCCAACAACUACAACUGAGCCAACAACUACAGCUGCAACUACAACUACAACUGAGCCAACAACUACAGCUGCAAUAACAACUACAUCUGAGCCCACAACUACGGCUGCAACAACAACUACAGCUGCAACAACUACAGCUGCAACGACAACUACAGCUGAGCCAACAACUACAUCUGCAACAACGACUACAGCUAAGCCAACAACUACAGCUGCAACAACUACAGCUGAGCCAACAACUACAGCUGCGACAACAACUACGGCUGAGACAACAACUAUUGCUGCAACAACAACUACAGCUGAGCCAACAACUACAACUGAGCCAACAACAACAGCUGCAACUACAACUACAACUGAGCCAACAACUACAGCUGCAACAACUACAGCUGAGCCAACAACUACAGCUGCGACAACAACUACGGCUGCAACAACACCAACAAUUACAGCUGCAUCUACAACUACAACUGAGCCAACAACUACAGCUGCAACAACUACAGCUGAGCCAACAACUACAGCUGCGACAACAACUACGGCUGCAACAACAACUACAGCUGAGCCAACAACUACAGCUGAGCCAACAACUACAGCUGAGCCAACAACUACAGCUGACGCAACAACUACAGCUGAGCCAACAACUACAACUGAGCCAACAACUACAGCUGCAACUACAACUACAACUGAGCCAACAACUACAGCUGCAAUAACAACUACAUCUGAGCCCACAACUACGGCUGCAACAACAACUACAGCUGCAACAACUACAGCUGCAACGACAACUACAGCUGAGCCAACAACUACAUCUGCAACAACGACUACAGCUAAGCCAACAACUAGUGCUGAGCCAACAACUAGAGCUGAGACAACAACUAUUGCUGCAACAACAACUACAGCUGAGCCAACAACUACAACUGAGCCAACAACAACAGCUGCAACUACAACUACAACUGAGCCAACAACUACAGCUGCAACAACUACAGCUGAGCCAACAACUACAGCUGCGACAACAACUACGGCUGCAACAACAACUACAGCUGAGCCAACAACUACAGCUGAGCCAACAACUACAGCUGAGCCAACAACUACAGCUGAGCCAACAACUAGAGCUGAGACAACAACUACAACUGAGCCAACAACUACAGCUGAGCCAACAACUACAACUGAGCCAACAACUAUUGCUGCAACAACUACAGCUGAGAAAACAACUACGGCUGAGACAACAACUACAGCUGCAACAACAACUACAGCUGAGCCAACAACUAUGGCUGCAACAACAACAAGAGCUGCAACGACAACUACAGCUGAGCCAACAACUACAUCUGCAACAACAACUACAGCUGCAACUACAACUACAGCUGCAACAACAACUACAUCUGAGCCCACAACUACGGGUGCAACAACAACUACAGCUGAGCCAACAACUACAACUGAGCCAACAACUACAGCUGCAACAACAACUACAUCUGAGCCCACAACUACGGCUGCAACAACAACUACAGCUGCAACUACAUCUACGGCUGCAACAACAACUACAGCUGCGCCG